UCGGCCUUGUCAAGCUGCAUCAGUUGCGUCAGCCAUUGAAAUAUCUCGAAUUCGCGCUCGAGACCAGCCAGCAAUUGCACAUCGAUUGAGGUCGCUAUUCGCGGUCGAACAACGGGCCAGCCAGUUGCGACUCCUGCACGACGUACGCGCGUACGACUACAUAAUUAAAUAAACAUGGGUGUUCCAGCGGGCGAUCCUGAGAAGGGAAAGAAGAUUUUCAUUCAAAGAUGCGCGCAGUGCCACACUGUCGAAGCAGGUGGCAAGCACAAAGUGGGUCCCAAUUUACAUGGGCUCAUAGGUAGGAAAACUGGUCAAGCACCGGGCUUUUUAUACACUGAAGCCAACAAAGCAAAGGGUAUCACCUGGUCCAAGGACACUCUGUUCGAGUACCUGGAAAAUCCAAAGAAAUACAUUCCCGGCACGAAAAUGGUGUUUGCCGGGUUGAAGAAGCCGCAGGAUCGAGGUGACCUGAUCGCUUAUUUAGAACAAUCGACAAAGUAGACGCCACCGCACGUGUGCUACCGAUCGCGAAAGUCGCGGAAAAGACGAGCGAGCGCGCGAGCGAGUACUCGCGCAUGGCACGCGUCGUCGCGACACUAGUACGAUUAUCAUCUCAUCACAAUUCCGUUUCAUCUCGAUCCCGUUCAUCCUAAUCUUGCCCCACUGACUCUCUCCCCUCGAUGGUACUCGAAGCGUUCGCGAUACGCGUCCCAUUAGUGAGAAGUUGUUACUCUAUUGAUAAGUAGGUAAUUGCAAGUAUCGUGGCAAGAUCGGUCUAGCAUCGAUUUUGUCCUUGUUACCAUGCCGAAGAGACAUUUGGAAGCGCUGAAACGCUCACCAUGCGAGUGAUUGAGCCAUUCUUUCGCGGAUCUCGCGAUCCCGACUAUUUAUUAUCAUCCGUAAUGAUCGUGUCAUACAACGGAAGUUAAUCUGUAAAGCAAAGAUAAAAUACAGACUAGACAAUUGGAAAUA